AGAAACUCCAAUGGACUUACACCGGGCAGCCUUCAAGAUGGAGAACUCAUCCUACCUCCCCAACCCGCUGGCAUCCCCAGCACUGAUGGUCCUGGCGUCCACGGCUGAGGCCAGCCGCGAUGCUUCCAUCCCUUGUCAGCAGCCACGACCCUUUGGUGUACCUGUCUCAGUAGACAAGGACGUGCAUAUUCCAUUCACCAACGGUUCCUACACCUUUGCCUCGAUGUACCAUCGGCAGGGUGGGGUGCCGGGCACUUUUGCCAAUCGAGAUUUCCCCCCUUCUUUACUACAUCUGCACCCCCAGUUUGCUCCCCCAAAUCUAGAUUGCACUCCAAUCAGUAUGCUGAAUCACAGUGGUGUUGGGGCUUUCCGUCCCUUCGCUUCCACUGAGGACAGGGAGAGUUAUCAGUCAGCCUUUACGCCGGCCAAGAGACUGAAGAACUGCCAUGACACAGAGUCUCCCCACUUGCGCUUCUCAGAUGCAGAUGGCAAGGAAUAUGACUUUGGGACACAGCUGCCAUCUAGUUCCCCCGGUUCACUUAAGGUUGAUGACACUGGGAAGAAGAUUUUUGCUGUCUCCGGCCUCAUUUCGGAUCGAGAAGCCUCGUCUAGCCCAGAGGACCGGAAUGACAGAUGUAAGAAAAAGGCAGCAGCAUUGUUUGACAGCCAGGCCCCUAUUUGCCCCAUCUGCCAGGUCCUGCUGAGGCCCAGCGAGUUGCAGGAGCAUAUGGAGCAAGAACUGGAACAGCUGGCCCAGCUGCCCACCAGCAAGAAUUCCCUUCUGAAGGAUGCCAUGGCUCCAGGUACUCCCAAGUCCCUCCUGUUGUCUGCUUCCAUCAAGAGAGAAGGCGAGUCUCCGACAGCAUCCCCACACUCAUCUGCCACUGAUGACCUGCACCACUCAGACAGAUACCAGACCUUCCUGCGAGUGCGAGCCAACCGGCAGACCCGACUGAAUGCUCGGAUUGGGAAAAUGAAACGGAGGAAGCAAGAUGAAGGGCAGGUAUGUCCCCUGUGCAGCCGCCCCCUGGCAGGAUCGGAGCAGGAGAUGAGUAGGCAUGUGGAGCAUUGCCUUUCUAAGAGGGAAGGCUCCUGCAUGGCUGAGGAGGAUGCUGUGGACAUCGAGCAUGAGAACAGCAACCGCUUUGAGGAGUAUGAGUGGUGCGGGCAGAAACGGAUACGGGCCACCACUCUCCUGGAAGGUGGUUUCCGAGGCUCUGGCUUCGUCAUGUGCAGCGGCAAAGAGAAUCCGGACAGUGAUGCUGACUUGGAUGUGGAUGGGGAUGACACUCUGGAGUAUGGGAAGCCACAAUACACGGAGGCUGACGUCAUCCCCUGCACAGGCGAGGAGCCUGGUGAAGCCAAGGAGAGAGAGGCACUCCGGGGUGCAGUCCUAAAUGGCGGCCCUCCCAGCACGCGCAUCACACCUGAGUUCUCUAAAUGGGCCAGUGAUGAGAUGCCAUCUACCAGCAACGGGGAGAGCAGCAAGCAGGAGGCCAUGCAGAAGACCUGCAAGAAUAGUGACAUCGAGAAAAUAACCGAAGAUUCAGCUGUGACCACGUUUGAGGCCCUGAAGGCUCGGGUCAGGGAACUUGAACGGCAGCUAUCCCGUGGGGACCGCUACAAAUGCCUCAUCUGCAUGGACUCAUACUCGAUGCCCCUAACGUCCAUCCAGUGUUGGCAUGUGCACUGCGAGGAGUGCUGGCUGCGGACCCUGGGUGCCAAGAAGCUGUGCCCUCAGUGCAACACCAUCACAGCACCCGGAGACCUGCGGAGAAUCUACUUGUGAGCUAGCCACCCAGGCAGGCCUUGCCUCCAGCAGCCCCGCCUGCCGCCUCUGUGAUGUGACCCUACCCCUUGUACAUACUUGCACACAGGUUCCCCAUGUACAUACAUGCACACACGCACGCACACACACAGGCCUCUGGAGCCAGAGUGGAUGCUGAGGCCCAGGCCCUGCCACGCUCCCACCAGGAUUGGGGACCAUACCUGUUCCAGGUUCUGUUCCCAGGGUGGGGCAGGGAGGUGUAGGUGGGGUGGGUAGCAGGGCGAGGCUCCUGAGUUCCAGCCCCCAGACCGACCGACUGACAGACAGACGGACAGACAUGCAAACACCAGACUGAAGCACAUGUAAUAUAGACGUGUAUGUUUACAAUGUUGUGUAUAAAUGGGAUGACUCCCCGCCCUCCCCCCGUCCCUCCCCUUUGGUUGUAUGAUUUUCUUCUUUUUUUUAAGAACACCUGGAAGCAGUGCCUCCUUCAGGGCUGGCUGGGGGCUCGGCCCAUCCACCUCUUGGGGUGCCUGCCUCUCCCUCUCCCAUGGUGUCCCUUCCCUCUCCCAUGUGCUCGGUGUUCAGUGGUGUAUAUUUCUUCUCCCAGACAUGGGGCACAUGCCCCAAGGGACAUGAUCCUCUCCUUAGUCUUAGCUCCUGGGGCUCUUCAUAAGGAGUUGGGGGAGGAGGAGGCACAGAAAUGGGAACCGAGCCACAGCAGGAGCUGAGAUCGGGGCUGGGUGAGGGUGCUCCUGGCUGCCCAGCCUUCUGCCAAGAACCAUUCCUGGGAUUAGAGCUGCUGUUCCCAGGGAAGCGUGUCGUCUCCCCACCCCUCCCGUGGGCCCCAUGGUGUGAUGCUGUGUCUGUAUAUUCUAUACAAAGGUACUUGUCCUUUCCCUUUGUAAACUACAUUUGACAUGGAUUAAACCAAUAUAAACAGCU